CACACCUGUGAUCCUAGCACUUUGGGAGGAUUGUUUGAGGCCAGGAGUUCAAGACCAGCCUGAACAAUCCCAGCUCCUUAGGGGGCUGAGACAGGAAUAUCACUUGAGCCCAGGAGUUUAAGGUUGCAGUGAGCUAGGCUGAUGCCACUGCACUCUAGCUCAGGUGACAGAGUGAGACCCUGUCUCAAAAAGAAAAAAAUAAGAAUGUAGGAUCAGAAGCCAGAUUGUCUGCAUUGGAAUUCCAACCACUUAGUAGCUCUGUGAUCUUGGAUAAAUAAUUUAUCUCUGCAUUUCAGUCUCCUUGUCUGUAAUAUGGGAAUAAUAAUAGUACCUAUCUUAUAGGGUUGUUGUGAGAAUUAAAUGGUUUAAUACAUGUAAAGUGCUUAGACAAAGUACUUGGCAUAAAGUGAGAGUUGGAUAUAUAUUAGGAUCAUUAUUAACCACCUGGGGGAACUUUAAGUGGAUUUGGAGUAUGGGCAUCCAACUGGAAAGGCCUGCUUAGGAGUGUCUUGUGAAUAUGAUUUGCAUAACGGUUGAGCCCCAGCUGACGUCAAGGGCUUCUUGCAGCUCCAGAUCAGAUGUAGCCCUGGAAGUAGUUCCUGCCACACAACAGUCCCACAAUCUCCCCACCAACCCUGCUUCCUACCCAACUCCUGAAGCACCAGGAAGUGAAACAGAGGCAGAGCCCCAUGCCUCCAACUCACCCUUGUCCUCAUCCUGUCCUGCAGAGCUCCACUUCCUCCUCUUCCUUUUCACCUUUCAUCUCCUAUCUUUUAGGGCUCCCAGAAUGGAGACCAAAGGUGGGAAAAGCAUAAGAGACAUUGUAUACAAAUGAGGUGAACUCCCUUAUGCCUCUCCCUCCAAUUUCCUUAUUCCAUUUGUGUCCACCCAGUGUAGGAAAAGGCAAACCAUUUCUCACCAAAACUGAGAUAAUUCUCUGAUGCUAGCAAUGUUUUCAUCCAAAGGGUGGAUUAACUACAGAAUCAUAAUAUUUGAACCUGAAGUUUGGGCAGUUUUGUAUAGCUCUAAGGGAAGGGAGAACCUCCACUGAGGGUAAGUUUCUCAGAAGAAAAGGGUCAACCUCUUGGGGAGGCUUGAGGGGCCAGCUGUGUGGUCACCUAUGGCCUCAUUCUGACGUCCAAAUUAUUCUGGGACCCUCCACUGGAGUCGGGGCAGUCCCAGCUUUGGACCACCCUCUACUCCCACGCCCAAACUCACACCCUCAGCUGUUUCACUGGAUGUUGCAUCAGGGAGGGUGAUGAAAUCAGUGACAGUGGAUUUUACCCAUGGAUGCAACAGGCUGAAGGACUAGCCAGAGUCAUUGACACUAUGUACAUUUGACUACCAAGACCCCUGGGCUUCCUAGAUAUGGGAUAGGGACUGACUAUUGAAAUGUCUAAGUUUAAUUUCUAGCCCUUGCUUACACUGGUAUCCUGAAAAAAACAUCACCUGAAUCCCACAAAGCCCAUGAAAAUUUAGGCUGAUAGGGUUGAAGAAUCAGUGGUUCUUAGCCAACAAGCCUCUUCCCACAAGAGCCCUCCUAACCUUCACCUGAAGUAGGAUUCAAUAAGGCCUCACGCUGCAUUUAUCUGGCUUCCCAGUUCACAAAGUGUCUUCAUAUCCAUUCUCUCCUAUGAAACCAGGACCAUCCAAUAAAAAUAAUGCUGUUUCCAAUAAAGAAAAAGAAGAAGCCCCUCAUACUUAGAUGGGGACAUCAAGUAGGAAAACACUUCAUUACAAAUUGAGCUCAACACCCUAUUGAGUGAUGAAUGAAUGCUUCUCUGUUUUGGCUUUUCCUCAGGCAGGAGGAGGUGAGGAAAUUAGGUUUGGGCUGGGUAGUGGUAUAGCUUUGAGAGGCAAAAGUUCAGAGAAAGAUUAAACAGGAAGGAACUUGAGACCAGAUUAAUUUAAAUGUUCGUUACUCCCCUCAACCCCCUCGUCUACAGCCAUUUCGAUUCCUGGAGAGCAUUACACAUGUGUCCCAUCCCAGGCCUCUAGCCACAGCAACCACACGACUCAUUUCCCGUGGAACUGAGGCUGCAUACCUGGGCUCCCCACAGAGGGGGAUGAUGCAGGGAGGGGAAUCCCACCUGCUGUGAGUCACCUGCUAGUAUAAAGGGCGGGCCUUACAAUGCAGGGACCUUAAAAGAGACUCAGAGACAAAGGGAGGAAAACAACAGGAAGCAGCUCAGAGACUCGGUAAGCAACAGAGGGAACCAAACCAGAGACGCACAGAACAGAGAGAAUCAGGCUCAGAGCAAGUGGAAGUGGGCAGAGAUUCUACAAGGGCUGGUGCAAGGCACAGAACCAUCAAGGUUAAAAAGCAGGCAACAAGAUGCUGGGAAGCAGAGCUAUGAUGCUGCUAUUGCUGUUCCCCUGGACUACUCAGGGUAGAGCUGUGCCUGGGGACAGCAGCCCUGCCUGGGCUCGAUGCCAACAGCUCUCACAGAAGCUCUGCACGCUGGCCUGGAGUGCACACCCACAAGUGGGACACAUGGAUCUACUCAGAGAAGAGGGAGAUGAAGAGACUACAAAUGAUGUUCCCCAUAUCCAGUGUGGGGAUGCUUGUGAUCCCCAAGGACUCAGAGACAACAGUCAGUUCUGCUUGCAAAGGAUCCACCAGGGUCUGAUAUUUUACGAGAAGCUGCUAGGAUCAGAUAUUUUCACAGGGGAGCCUUCUCUGCUCCCUGAUGGCCCUGUGGGCCAGCUUCAUGCCUCUCUACUGGGCCUCAGCCAACUCUUACAGCCUGAAGGUCACCACUGGGAGCCUCAGCAGACUCCAAGCCCCAUUCCUAGCCAGCCAUGGCAGCGCCUUCUUCUCCGUUUCAAGAUCCUUCGCAGCCUCCAGGCCUUUGUGGCGGUAGCUGCCCGGGUCUUUGCCCAUGGAGCAGCAACCCUGAGUCCCUAAAGCCAACAGCUUAAGAAUGACACUCACAUCUCCAUGGCUUAGCAAUGCCAAGAUAAAACCGACCACCCCAGACACCUGUGAGCCAACAAGUUAAUUAGUCCAUUAAUCCUAAUGGGACUGCAUAUGUUGAAAAAUUACCAGUACUGACUGACUGAUGAUGCUGACCUAUGACAAGGUUGAGUAUUUAUUAGAUGGAAAGGGAAAUUCGGGGAUUAUUUAUCCUCAUGAGAGCAGUUUGGGGAGGAGGAUUAUUUAUUAUAUUUAUACUGAAUAAUGUACUUUUUUCAAUAAAGACUUAUUUAUGAGGCUA